AUGGCAGACUUUGAGAAUUCUCAAGAAAUUCCUAAAGUCAUUACAUUCCUCUCUUCCCUUCUUCAAAGAGUAGCUGAAAUGAACGACUUUUCUCGCCAUCUCGACUCGCAGAAAAUCUCUAUCUUCCAUGGCUUGACAAGGCCUACAAUUUCUGUCAACGACUACUUGCAGAGGAUAUUCAAGUAUGCAUAUUGCAGCCCUUCUUGCUAUAUCACAGCAUACAUUUAUCUCGACCGAUUCGCUAAGAAGCAGCCAUUGUUGCCCAUAAAUUCUUUCAAUGUUCAUCGGCUGCUUAUUACAAGUGUUCUGGUUUCUGCAAAGUUUAUGGAUGAUAUAUUUUACAACAAUGCAUACUAUGCCAAAGUAGGAGGAAUCAGCACAGAAGAAAUGAACCUUCUUGAAGUGGAUUUCUUGUUUGGAUUAGGGUUCCAAUUAAAUGUUACACCCCAAACAUUCCAUACAUAUUGCUGUUAUAUUCAAAGAGAGAUCCUGCAACACUCUCCUCCUCUACACUUCCCACCAUCUUCAAAUCUUGAUCAUUACUACAUUAAUGAAGAUGGGCCAACACAUCAACAACAAUCAGCACUUCAGUUAAUCCAUAAUCUCGUUUGA